UACACGCCUGCCCACCUUUCUUCUACCUUCUUUGUUUUCGUCUUUGACGUCCUUCUCUCGCCGUGGCCCUUCCAUUGGCCUGGAUGCUUCCUAGCGACACAACCCGACGGCUCAUUGUUUGAGUCUCUAUUACUUUCAUACCUAAUUGUUACGAUCACGACCUUCUCAUUGAAUGAUGUUCCACUGAGCUUAACGAAGAUAUGCUUCCCUCACAGUUAAAUGGCUCCCCGAAACGGGCCAAUCCAUUCAGCCGCGCAUCCCCGUCCCCAACUCCAUCACCGCAGACAAGAACCGUACGACCCAAGUCGGCUGUGGUCACGUCAUCCCAUAAAUUCGAAGAGGCCCGGGGCCAAUUUCGAAACUCUAUUUCACAGUCACCGUCUUCAUUAGUAGUGCGGACAACAAAUCGGCAGAGAUCGGGUUCGAUAAGGAAUGAUGUUGCGUCAGGCACCUUUGCGCCAGACUUCAUCAAGUCAGAGGAGCUCCGCCGAGGUGCAGAUCAGAUCCGUGGUCAAGAGGGAGAUAAUGACUUCUCCGGGAACAAAUAUGUCUGGCUACGCGAUCCUGAGAAAGCCUUCGUCCGCGGGCUUGUAUUGGAAGAGCAAGAAGGGGGUCGAUUGCUUGUCCAGACAGACGAUGGAGAGCAGAGGGAGGUCGAUGCGGACCAAGUCGACAAGGUCAACCCGGCGAAGUUCGAUAAAGCGGAUGAUAUGGCCGAGCUCACGCACUUGAAUGAGGCUUCAGUAGUGCACAACCUGCACACUCGGUAUCAAGCAGACCUUAUCUACACGUACUCGGGGUUGUUCCUUGUUACGGUAAAUCCGUAUUGUCCGUUGCCCAUCUACUCAAACGAGUAUGUGAAGAUGUACAAGGGUCGCAACCGCGACGAAAACCGCCCUCACAUUUUCGCCAUGGCAGAUGAGGCGUUUCGUAACCUUGUCGAGGAAGGAGAGAAUCAAAGCAUUCUCGUGACGUAAGUCUACUCAAUCACAGAGCUUCUAUGGACCUCAGAUACUAACUUGGCCGUGAAGAGGAGAGUCAGGUGCAGGUAAAACAG